CAGAAAUGCAAUUCAGGCUCCUGGGCACCUUCGUUUUUGUUCACCCUAUUUUUGUUGUAGCUUCUCGCCGCUGAAGUCCGCGGCCCUCUAUCUGGCUGUGUUAUGUACUGAAACCGGUAAACAUACUCAGGAGCACCAAUCCACGGAAAAGGGAGGAUCAAGCCAGCGAUGGUGGUUCACAGUUACCGCUCCCAUAUAACUAGAGGGGUUGUGGCACGUUUGGGGAUAAACCCCACCUAGCUGAAAGCUCUGAGACUGAAGUGGAAUUCUGGGGUUGGAGGAGAGGAAAGAGGGUGUGGCCGUUGCUCUGUGGUCAACGUAUUUUCCCCUCUAUAGUGGCUGGGAUGAGGAAAGCCAGGGAGUGGAGGCGGAAGUCCCGUUUUUCAUCCCACUGCCACACCCUUCAUGGCCAGUGGCUCUAGGUUUAUCCGCUGGAGCUUAAAUCCCACAAAUACUGAUUUAAAAUUCACUAGGAGAAAGGCAGUGCCUCCCAGCCUGAGCCGGGGCUCAAUGAAUGUUAAGAUAUGACUGAUUAUAUCCUCAUUCCAUUAGGGUAGCCAAAAAGGAAAAAAGCCAGCGCCAUUGGGACAAAGGUCACCGACCUCUCAAUCGCCCUGCCCCUUCCACAAAAAGCCUGAGAUGUCAAGUAGGUGGGGGAGGGAGGAGAGCCGGGAGCUCAGGGUUUGAGGAAGGCCAGGCUGUCUCUGCCCCUCGAAUAGCAACGCGAUGAGCUCAGCCCCCUCAGUCCAGGCCGAGAGCCAGAUGGCGGUCACGUGGCCGCGGGGCGCCCCGGGCGCAGGGUCCUCGGCACAGCUGAGGGGUGCGCGCCGAGCUCCGCCGGGCGAAGGAAUUCCAGCCCCGCAAAAUGGCUCCAGAGUGUCUCCCGUGACUCGCUCGGGGGCUGCGGAGGGCAAGAGGGUGUGUGCGCUUGAGCCGCUAGAGGGAGGGCGUUUUGUUCCUCAGCCGUCAGACGCGAGCUCUGCAGGCCGAAAACCCAGACCCGCGGCAGCCAACAUCCGGAAGCCCCUGGGCGGAGGUUUAGCCUCUCGGGGCACACAGGCUGGGUCACAGGGGUCUUGAAUUUGGGGUUUCUCGUAAGACUGGAGCGCAGGCCGUCGCCUGUGCUGGCAGCGCCCUCAUUGUGAGCGUUGUUGGUCAGACUGGGGAGUGACUGAAAUGUGACUUUGAAGGUUCAGGGAAGCUGGGGGCGGCUAGGGAGGAAACCGCGCGCCUUGCCAGACCACGUGACUCGGCGCGAGAAAGCGAUGGCAGGUCUCUGGGCUGCUCAGAAUUGAAAACGUGGCUUUGAAUUAAAUAAUUCGGUUUUUUUAUGCGACUCUGAGAGACUUAAGAUUUGAUGUAGGCUAUUCCAGUGCUCACACAGGACCCAGAACAUAAACCAGACUGCAGGGAUUUCCUAUCCUCUAGUAUCCUUGAAGCCAUCUGCCCUAUUUGAACACCUCCAGGGACCAGGCACUGCCUGCCUCACAGGGCAUCAGGUAUCUUUAGGGAACAGCUCUCAAACUUGUUUGCAGAGGAGUCCAAAUUGUGGCUUUGAAAUUCCCACUUACCGGCCUUAGUGCUGCCAACCGGGAUGCCACAGAGUCAGUCAGUCAUACUUCAAGUGUGGAAACGUGACUCCAUGGCUCUGCUCUUCUCUGGGUUGAGCAUUCCUUCCAGCUUUAACUCUUCCUCGUCAGCCCUGGUCACUCCACAUCAUCAACUCACCUUCCAGAUGUACCACAGUUGACUCAGGAUAAAACCCAAAACCGGAGAAAGAACUUGGGACUUCACCUGUCUCCCCUGCCCUGCCGGUUCCUUUUUGACUUCUCAGACAUACCACAAUUCUUAGAACUUGUAGCCAGUGAAAAUCCCUAUGUUGCUUUAUUUUUUAAAUGACAGUAGUUAUGCUAAAGACAUGCAAGAUAAUAUGAGGUCAUUUUAAAAUGAGGACAUUUUAAUGACAUGGAAAAUGCUUAGGAUAUAACGUGAAUAAAAAGUGUUAGGAACAGAACUGUAGAUACAGUAUGAUCAAAACUAUGAAAUAAGUAUAAAACCCAAGGAGAGGCUGGGCACAGUGGCUUAUGCCUGUAAUCUCAACACUGGGAACCAAGGCCAGGGGAUUGAUUGAGGCCACGAGUUUGAGACCAGCCUGGGCAAUAUAGCAAGAGUCAUCUCUACAAGAAAAUUUUAAAAAUUAGCCUGGCAUGGUGGCACACACUUGUAGUCCUAGCCACUUGGGAGGCUCAGACAGGAUUGCUUGAGCCCAGGAGUUUGAGGUUGCAGUGGCUGUUAUGUUCACGCCACUACACUGUAGCCUGGGUGACAGAGAGAUACACUGUCUUAAAAAUAAAUAACAAGGAGAAAGUACUUCAAAGUGCUUAUCAAGUGGGAGGAUUAUAGAAAGUUUGUAUUUUCUCAUUUACACUUCCUGAAUAAUUUUUCCAGUUUUCAACAAUGAAAACAUUUUAUGAUCAAGAAAAAAAAUUCUUAAAGAAUGUUGUCACAUUAUCCUGAAAUUAUGCAAGUCACUAUGCUCAUAUUCCAACUAAGCACAUUUGAUUGAUUUUUUUGUGUUUAAAAGAUAACUACCCCAAGCAUUGGCAGACACAAAGAUGAUGUGAUGUGGUCCCAGUCCUCAAGGGACAAUCUUAGAGACACAAGUCUAUAAGUGACAAUAUUGUAAGGAGAAGUAAGAAAAGAUCUAAAUAAAGAGCUUUGGGAGUUCUGUGAGGGGGCGAAGAUAAUGAAAACAUCUCUCCUGAGAUUCUCAGUAUUUCCACAUUUCCAACCAGUUCCUUUUUUACUGAUCAGAAUUCACUUGAGAGCAGCCAUUUUCCUCACGGAUUCCUCUACCUUCUGAGAGAUGAAAUUGUCAGGCAGACAGACAAAGUCUUUGAUAGCUCUGCCCUUGCCAGAAUGAGACUUGGAGCAGAUGUCCAAAGAGUUGACAUUGCUGUCACUUCUGUUCUGAAAAUACUGGAAUGUGUAAAAAGAAAGAACUGUCCUUUAAAAAAAAAAAAAAAUCAAGUAGGGUGUGGGAUACUUUCCAAGUAAUGUCAUUUUGACUUCUUUUACCCUUGGUCACAUGUUCUCCACACAUCAGAUUAUGGAUUUGCAAACACCUGUAUAGUUUUCCCAUGCCCUUCAUAUAUCUUGAGAACUAUUUGUUAUUUUCUUCAGGGAAGCCUAGGCAGGAAUCCCAUUUUAUCCACUUUGUAACUCAUGUCUUUGACACAUGUUCAAGACCAUAAAUAUUGUUCCUGGCCUCCUAGCCAGGAACAACAAUUUUUCCUAAGAAAUACGUGAAGGAACUUCCAUUACUGUUAUUUUCUCCCUAACAUUUAGUUCAAUUUUAUUGAGAAGAUUUUGGAUCCUUCAACUUAAUUCUUCCAAUGAUCUGGGUUUUUUGUUUUGUUUUAUUUUGUUUUACAAACCUGUAUUUUACGAAGAUUUGAGGCAACUGUGUAGGAAACACAAUUAAUUACAAACGUAGAAAUCUGGACUUGAUAAAUUAACAGGGAAGAGACAUAAGGAGUACACAGAAUGUAGCUCUAUAGGCCAAAGUUCUCCACCAUCACUACAGUUAAACUUCAAUAAUUAUGUUUCCUGGCAGCCAAGGUGAAAAGGGAGAGAAGAACUUGCAUCUGUAGCUCUUACUGUCAAAAAGAAUAAAGCCUGCCAGAUUCUUUGGAGAAAGAUAGUAUUUACUCGCUUUGUACAGGGGCUGCUGCAGGGGGUACUGGGCAGUGUCCACCACAUUUCUCCACCAAUGCAAUGACAGUUUCCCAAGCCUGUUUCAGAUAGGACCCAUUCAUAAAAGUCAAGGGCGGCACAGCAAGCCACCAUUUCGUGAUAGUGAUUCUGGUAGGCUAUAGACUCAUAAUAGGUAUUCUGAUCUCGUCACAUGUUCUUAGGUGAUAUACCUCAUCCCUCUCACAGAGCCCUUUGCUAUGACUCUGAAGGACAAAACAGCUCUGCAACAGCAAAAAUGUUCCGUAUCCUCCUUUUAUUUCCACAUUUGGCCCUUCACAUGGGAAAAGAGAUGCAAGCCACAAGUCCUCCUGCCACUUACUGAGCACUUCAUGUUAUACCUAAGACACCAACCAGUUUCUUCCAUUCCACCCAAAGCAGCAGCUCAGAGGUGAAUCGCUGAGCUGUCUGAUUUGGGCAGUCGCUCCGUCCUCUGGCCAGUGAGUCAGGAGGUAAGAUGAUGACCCUUUCCAUUACCUAAUACUGUAGCCUUCCUAGGGCUCUCACAAAUCAUAGUGCUUUUUUAUUCUGCCAUCAAAGGACCCUUGAGAGCCGAGGAGAGAGAAUAGAGAGCCCCAGGGAUGCAAGGCAGAGAUAGCCCAGUGUGGCCCACCAUAAACAUAAAAUUUCCGAAAAUUCUCAUGCUUUGUUCUAAAUUAAUGGGAAUUUUGUGUUUACCUCAUAACAUCUAUUUUUCCCCAAAGUGGGUAUGCCAUUUGGUUUAUGAAAUAUUUUUAAAUUUUGAAACACGAAAGUUGCAAGUACAAUACAAAGAACUUGUAUCCUAAUUUACCUGAGAGCAGAUCACAGAACAAAUGCUCCAUUACCCGCUAAAAACAAGGACAUUCUCUUACAUGACCACAACACAACCAUCAAAGCAACACCGACUCAUUACUACCAACUAAACCUCAGACCCCAGUCAAGUUUCACACAUUAAUUGUCAUGUCUCUUAAGUUUCUCUCAGUCUGAAAUAGCUCCUCAGUCUUUCUUUGACUUUCAUGACUUUGACGCAGUUGAAGAUUAUGAGCCUGUGAUUUUGCAGAGUGUCUCAGAUUGGUUUGUUUGAAGUUUCUGCGUGGUCCAAUUUUGGCAGGAAUAGCAACAAAGUGAAGCUGUGUUCUCCUCACUGCAUCCCGUCAGGAGCACUAUUCACAAUAGCCAAGAUAUGGGUUCAACCUAAGAGUCCAUCAAUGGAUGAAUGGAUAAAGAAAAUGUGGUAUAUAUAUACAAUGGAAUAUUAUUCAGCCAUAAAAAAGAAUAAAAUCCUGUCAUUUGCAGCAACAUGGAUGGAACUGGAGGCCAUUAUGUUAAGUGAAAUAAGCCAAGCACAGACAGACAAAUAUCACAUGUUCUCACUAAUGUGGGAGCUAAAAAAGUGGAUGAUCGCCAGAGACCAGGAAAGAUAGGGAAGAGGGAGAGAUGAAAGGGAAAACAAGAAUAUAAAUGUGUUUAUUACCACUGAACUGUACACUUAAAAAUAGUAAAGAUGGUAAAUUUUAAAUGUGUAUUUUACCUCAAUAAAAAUAAAGUGUAAAAAAACUGAGAAGUGGGGUUUUUCUAAAUUAUUUAAAAAUCUUUCAAAUGUACAAUUUCAGAGAACACUGAAUAUAUCUUUAUCUGUCUAUCUCUCUCUACUUAUCUAUGUAAAAAUGGUGCAUCAAUCAGACUUCUUUGCCUUCUGACUUUCUCUGGGUUUGGUCAAUGGGAAGCACUUUGAUUAGAAUAUAAGAACUGUUGAUUGACCCAAGGCAGAUGAAAAUGUAUUGGUAAACUUUCAACAGAACCUUUGCAUAGCUGGUGGAUGUGGGUAAAAAAGUGAGUCUAACUUAGCAAUUACAGCCAAUUAUGCCCUUCUUGCAUUAUCGCUGUAGUAUUGUUUUAGCCAUGAGAAUCACUAAAGCCAGGUAUCAAAAUAGACUGAUCUUAGAAGCAGACUUUUGAAUUGUGUCACAAAGUGUUAUAUCAAACUUUUCAAAUGAAGCAUAUUCAGUUCAGUUACAUAUAAAUAUAAAAUGAGUAUAGAACCUUAAUAGGAAAGCAAAAAGCAAAAGGGGGUUUUGUACCAUCAAUAAAAUAAUAUUAUUUCAUCUUUUCUUCAUUCUUUUUCGUUUUUUGUUUUUUGAGACAGAGUCUUGCUGUGCCACCCAGGCUGGAGUGCAGUGGUGUGAUCUCGGCUCACUGCAACCUCCGCCUCCCAGGUUCAAGCAAUUCUCCUGCCUCAGCCUCCCAAGUAGCUGGGAUUACAGGCCUGCACCACCACGCCCAGCUAAUUUUUGUAUUUUUAGUAGAGAUGGGGUUUCGCCAUGUUGGACAGGCUGGUCUCCAACUCCUGACCUCAAGUGAUCCACCCACCUCGACCUCCCAAAAUGCUGGGAUUACAGGCGUGAGCCACCACCCCGAACUCUUUGCUUCAUUCUUUAACAUUUUACCUGUUUUUAAUUACUAUAAUAUGUUAGUUCAAUAGUACAUAUAACAUAUAUAUAAUUUACAAAUAACAAGUAUUGGGAGUAUCUGCUUAAAAACCUUUUACUGAAUCCAGUGAGCCAUCCAAAAAGCCUGGAAACCACUGAGCAUUAAACCAUAAGGGGCUGUAAAAUUAAAAAAAAAAAAAAAAUCUGUACCCAGAAUCUUAGAACUUCAGAUUGACACCCUCUAUGUGUCAACCAAAGUGGGGGAUGUGAAGGAGGAACUGCCAGCCCCAAGCAGCUUCCCACAUUAGUCAGGAGAGUAUGUUCAUUUAGUUGCACCACCAUUUCUCAGAACGUUUUGGAAAUAUUUGGAAUGUAGUAGGAGACCUAAGGGACCACCCAGUCAAAACCCAAACGAAAGCCUUCCAAAGACAACAGGGGGCAAAAUGAGGGUCAGCUCCUCCCAGCUCCACAUCCGGCCAGCAGCGGGCUGGGCAGGGCAGCCAUCUUUUCCCACUCUGGCCUCUUCCGCGCAUUCCUGACUGUUACGGGGGGCCUGAGCCUGGGGAAUGAAUGUUAUCACUGCAGGCAAUGUUUAGAGGUGACAGAAAACACUCCAGUCACGUCAGAGAGAAGAGCCAUUUAGACUAGACUAGGGCGCAAUACCCCUGGAGUUGAGCUCCCUUGCCUUUCCCCUAAUGCCUCCAACAAAACGAGACUCUGGUUCCAGGCAGCGCUCUGGACGAUAUGCUUAUUUACUCUGACAUUUCAGGCAAAUGGCUAUAAAAUACUUUGGUGGCUUGGAGACAUGACUAUACAGUUUUGUAAUGAAAGUUGCUUCCAAACUGCUUUCUGUUAUUUUUUCAGAAUUCCUCACUGAUUAAAAUCUGGUUACAAAACAAGGGACCUAGAGAGAUGUUCACUUCACCACUUCUCUACAGAUGCCUCCUGCUGCUUCCAACUUUUCUCCUUUAAGGCAGGGUGAAUCCAAAUCAUGGUCUCAGCCCUGAAGGAGGCACCAAAACAGUUUCGUUGCCCUGUGAAAAGCUUCUAGAGGAGCUCCUCUGAAUGCUUGAAGAAACCAGCCGCCCUUGCAAUUACCUAAAAGGAAUUGAGUCAUUUUAACAAGACAUUAUUUCUGCCAUCCACGGUCACAAUCAUCUCUUUGAAAAAUAAAUACUCUUGGUUUGUUUUUUGUUUGUUUGUUUGUUUUUAAUGUCCAUUAUGGGAUGGUCUGAUUAGACAAUGGGAUUUCUUAAUCUAGAGAGGUGAGCACAUCCCUGAGUUUUGCCAAUCCUCAUUAUUCAACCUCCUGCUGUGCUCAGGGGUGGGGCUUCUACACACCAGGAAACUCCAGAUAAAUGGAAGCACAAACUGCUCUGCCCAAAGCCACACUCUGUGGUGCCAAAGCUGGCAGAUCCUGCCGUUUUACAGACUAUGGCCUCCAAACUGGAUUUUCCUCUUUUUCAUCCCUGCAAAGAAUAAGAAAGCACAUAGUCCCAAGUCCCUUUCUCAAGAUGACCCUCCACAUGGACACCUGAAGAGAUCAAACAGCCUCCGACCAAGAGGCAUUUGUUAUUUACUCCACACACCAUCCUCUAGCUUGUUGCAAAACCUGUCUGCCUUCUCACUGUAAAGAAUGACGCACACACUUUUAAUCCAUUCGGCUUUUUGAAAAAUGAAGGUGAGGCUUUGAUUUACUGUGGUUUGCCUACCCUACUCUAUAAUGCCAACAGAUUAUUGGGCCUGGUGGCAGCCUUGUCCAUCAUGUUUUAUGGCUGGGGCCGUUCCCAUCUUGGCUGGGGAGCUGAGAGUGGAAUUUUAACUAUGAAUUUUCUUGUGUUUAAUAGGCUAAAGUCAAAAGGCCACAUUCUGCUUUCAGAUAUGCAUGAACAACUUCCAACUGGAGUUACUCAUAUAUAUCUGAAUUUAGUUAAAAUAUUCCAACACCUAGCCACCAUUAAAUAACAUACUUUUUUUCUUUUUAAACCUUUUUAAUGUGCAUGUGGAUGAGUGAAACAGCAUGUAUAAAUUAAUCAAAAUUAUUCACUCUUUUUGAGGAAAUGUUUGGUUUUUAAGAAACAAAGCCAUUUGGACAUUUUACUCUCCAGUCCUGCUCAUCUAUUCCACCUUGAUACACACCAACCACUGAACUUCUUCAAGCUUAUCUUGAAGGGCUCAUUAGCCUCUGCCCUUCCUGUUAUGUAGUGGACAGCUGUGGUAGAGUAGAAACACACAACAGGGCCGGAUUCAGAAGAAGCAAGAUCAAGGUCCAGCUCUGAUAAUAGUUAUAUGAACUUGAGCAAAUCAAUUAAUCAUCUCAGUAUCUAUUCAUCUGUAAACUGUUGACUUCGUAAGAUUAUUGGGUGAAUUCAAUAGAUAGUGGGUGUUACUUUUUUUUUCAAAAGAACUUUGCCUGUUGCAUAAGCAAAAAAUGUCCAAACGAAAAUCCAAUGCUGAUGAAGAUAGUAAGGAGAAACUUAUCAUCACACAAUGAGAGAAGGAGUAUAAAAUGGUACUACUCCUUUGGAAAGCAACUGCAAUUAAUAUAUUGAUAAUAUUGACCAUUUAAAAGUGUCCUCUUUGAUCCAAUAAUUCCACAUAUGAAAAUUUGUCUUUACCUCUAUAUGUAAAGCUUUUCUUCAUAGCAUUUUUAUCAUGGAAAACAAGUGGAAACAAUCCAAAUUUUAAGCAAAUAAGGGAAUGUUUAAGCACACUGUCAUAUACACUUAACAGAAUACUUGGGUUAAAUUCUUGUAAUGUUAAAUGAAUAAAAAUUGAUUCAAAAUACAUAUUCUGCAUGAUCACAUCUUGGUAACAGAAACAACAACAAAAAAGCCUUGAAAAGGACUAGAACAAGUAGAACAAAUUUUUCAGAAGUAAUUGGUAGAAGAAAAUCAGAAAGCGCUUUGGAUACAAAGAAUAUAGGAACAUUUCCCCUCUUUGAAUACUUAAUACUGUGUACAUAGAUGGCACAAAGUGUAUAUUAAAUGAAUUUUUUAAGUGUUAUACAUUAGCUCCUAAUUAGCAAGAACACCCUGCUCAGCUAGCUUUUCAAUUAAUCAAAACUUUACCUUAAUUAGCUCUGGAAAAUAGGUUUUUGCAGUGGUUGUAUCUUAUUUUUCCAUCCAGCUAUCUAUAGGAUCAUAGAGAUUCAGGCUAACACAUUUGGCAUUUGGUCAGAUAGCAAAAGCUUGGAUUUAGCCAUUGUCACAAGGAGCAACAUCAAAGGAAUUCUGAAACAUUGCUCCCCACAUACAGCAUGGCCCAUGUCAUUUGAUCUUCAAGAAUGCAGAGCAGUGGGUGAUGAAUGUUCAUGAGAUCCAAUGUAUACAUUUCCAUCAACAGGAGGAAUGGGUGCAGGCCAAACUAGCAAUGGGUGGUAUGCUGUAAGCAUAGACAGUCAUUUGCAGAGGUGUCAGCAUAUUGUACAGAAUUAUAAAUAAGGAGGGACAUGUGAUAAAUAAAAUUUCAUUAAUUUACAGAAAUAAACCGAAACAUCCAAAAUAGGCAGCUCCGUGCAUAUUUCGUCUUCUAACCCACAAGAAGUAAUAUUUAUUGCCUUCAUAUGAAAGCCAACUUUAGUGAUAUUCCUUUGUGGUAAUAUUAUGAUGUACCAUUUUGUAUUCCUAGCAUGUCCUACAACCCUCGUUAUGGUGCACUUAUGAGCAGAGCACCACUUUCACUACACAGUGGAGCUGUCCACCAAGAAAAUAAAAGAUAGUUUGUGUUGAGACAACCCACUUAGAGAAAUGAAUUUUACAGAGGGGAGAAAUAAUGUCUCUAUAGCAGAAAUUAAGUCAGUUCUUGAAUUUCAAAUGGAAGUGUCUCCUCACAGCUGAGUUACUUAAAGAGCAAAAGACCAAACAUGCACCUCAAUUACAGGAAAUUAAAAGCCCCUUGAAAGCUCACAAAAUCAUCAAAAGUUAGAAAUGAAAGGUAGCUUAUAAAUCUUCUAUUACCCACCACACAACACAUACCCACAUUUUUAUAGAUGAGGAUAGAGCCCAGAAAGUUUAGAUAUUUUUCCAAGAUCACACAGUGAAUAAAUGGUAGAGCCAGGAUUCAAACCCAAGACUCUUGGCUCUCUCUGUUGUUCUUGCCUCAAUGCUCUGCAAAUACCAAAGGGCCUGCAAGCUGCAAACCUUAACCUGUACUGUUCAUCAGACAUUUGGAAAGGAUUGUAACAUGAUGGAAAGGGCUUUCGAGUCAGACUGGAGUUUAAAUCCUGACUUGAUCACUUACUUGUAUGGCCUUGGAUAAGUCAACCAACGUCUCUGAACCUCAGGGUCAUUUAUAAAGCAAACAUUGUGAAUCCCACCCGCAGUGUGGUGGUAAGAAUCAAAUGAAAUAAUGUACACUAAGUGCCAAGCAGGGGGCCUGGCUCACCAUGGGAACUUGAGAAGUAUCUAUUAUUACUAUCAUAUUACUUCCUUGAAUGCAUAUCCGAAGUCCUGAACUUUCAGUCUUAGUCUGGAAAAGAGAGUAAGGGUCCAAAUUCUUCAUCCUUCUCUACAAAGCCUGUGUGGAUGUUUCUGUUCACGGCUGUGCUGCGCCAAAAUAAAUCUAAUUCAAUCUGGACCAUUAAAUGCUUGGCACCAUGUUUUACACUAAUCUCUUCAGUUGUUAUUUUCAGUUUCUAGUUUACCCAAACAAUCCAUUUUUAGAGUUAGUGACCAAAGCUGCCAAUAAAAUAGACUUAUCUUGAAAACACCAGGAUCCUCCUGAAGGAAUGUCAAUAUACACGCACAGCAUAUGGCAAUGCUUUAUAAGAGUUUGACCAUUGGCUUACAGUUGGCCAGCUCAACUGUAAACUCAAUACUACUUUGGGGUAUUAAUAUCUAUAAGUGCUUAAUAUCCCAGCCACACUGCCAUCCACUAGGUUUGAAUGUCCUUUAUGGAGUGAACUUGAUCCUCCCGUUUCACUUUUGGUCUCUCUCCAGAGAAGCUAAUGUACUGGCAUAGUUCUGCCAUUUGUCAGCCAGAAGUCUGGUUACACAUUUGCUCGUCAAUCUAAACCUAACCUAUUCUCAUAUGAGCACUUGGGGUUUCAUGUAAAUCAACCAGACGUUCUGUCACUCACCAGCAAUAUCUCUCCAUAGUAUUCUACACCCAUGUGCCUUCAUGAAAUAUUUCAUUAUGCUGGUGGAAGAAAUAUUCAAAUGAAUGUGCUUUUUCAGGGAUGGUGACACCAGAAUGUUUUAAAUCUGUUCAUUACCACAACAAGGAUAAAUGGCGUUUCUGCCAAAGACUUUUGAUAACGGGUGCAGUAAUGCAUGCCAGCACUUUCUGAAAUUAAAGGUUCUACCCUGAGAGGUUUCACAUGCUUACCCAGGAAUGCUCCUUGAAAAGAUAAUCUCCUCAGACAUAAGCCUGGCCACAGAAAAGUCUCUCUAAGGUCAGCAGUUUCUAGAGUGACGAAGUGAGAAUUCGAUUCUUAUCUGUUCACAGACUCUACAAAUCUCAAAACACCUUCCUGAAGAACACCCUGGGGGAAAAAUACAAAAAACCUCAUGGAUUUAGCCAUAGAUCAUAUAUAUUUUGAAUUGUCACUCUUUCACUCAACAAAUAAAUAUCUCCUAUGUGCCAAGUCAUGAGCUAGAGGUUGGAACAGCACAUUGCAUAGAGAACUUGGUCCCUAGCCUGAGGGAUUCAGAAUCUUGGGCACCAUCAUUUCUGUUUUCAUCAUUGUUGUCAUCAGUGUCUUUUGAGACAUUCUUAUUUUGAUCUCCUUUGAUUUUUAUAUAUUAUGAUUAUUUCCAAUAUAAUUUUAAAAUAAGAAUUUUAUACUUAUGGAAAAAUAUAUUUCAUCUAAUUUGAAAAAAUAAGGAAACAGUGCUUUGCUUUCCCUAGCCUUCCUUCUCAUUUACUGUAAGAUAAUAAUUUUUCUUUUUCAGGGUUCAUUUCAAUUUUUUGCAAAGGAUUUAGCAAUGAAACACUAAAAUCUCAGGCAUUUUCAUUAAGCUCAUUUUUUACUUUCCUCAUAUAUAGCCUAUAUGCUUUAUUUAAUAUCUUUAUUCUUUACAUUAAAUUAAAAUUAUUUUUAAAAUGACUAUAUUUCUAUUGCUGUUUUGACAUUUCAUUGAUCAAUAUUUCACUAAAGAUAUUAACUUUCUCUAGGAUGCAGAGAGACUCAUAGAACUUACACCAAAAUUUCUACUGAAUGAAUUUCCCCACCUUCUUGGUGAUUGUACACCUGCCUUCCUUAUAAGGAGAACAAGGAAGUAAAUCAUGUUGAAGUUGCUUUUAAACACAGCUUUUCUGCUUUACCUGUCCAGGUAGCCUCUGUUUUCAUUUCAGUCUUAAUGAAAACUUUCUAACUUACAUCUCAAGUUUCUUUUCAAAGCAGUGUAAGUAGUAUUUAAAAUGUUAUACUUCAAGAAAGAAAGACUUUAACGAUAUUCAGCGUUGGUCUUGUAACGCUGAAGGUAAUUCAUUUUUUAAUCGGUCUGCACAGCAAGAACUGAAACGAAUGGGGAUUGAACUGCUUUGCCUGUUCUUUCUAUUUCUAGGAAGGAAUGAUCACGUACAAGGUGGCUGUGCCCUGGGAGGUGCAGAAACCUGUGAAGACUGCCUGCUUAUUGGACCUCAGUGUGCCUGGUGUGCUCAGGAGAAUUUUACUCAUCCAUCUGGAGUUGGCGAAAGGUGUGAUACCCCAGCAAACCUUUUAGCUAAAGGAUGUCAAUUAAACUUCAUCGAAAACCCUGUCUCCCAAGUAGAAAUACUUAAAAAUAAGCCUCUCAGUGUAGGCAGACAGAAAAAUAGUUCUGACAUUGUUCAGAUUGCACCUCAAAGCUUGAUCCUUAAGUUGAGACCAGGUGGUGCACAGACUCUGCAGGUGCAUGUCCGCCAGACUGAGGACUACCCGGUGGAUUUGUAUUACCUCAUGGACCUCUCCGCCUCCAUGGAUGACGACCUCAACACAAUAAAGGAGCUGGGCUCCCGGCUUUCCAAAGAAAUGUCUAAAUUAACCAGCAACUUUAGACUGGGCUUCGGAUCUUUUGUGGAAAAACCUGUAUCCCCUUUUGUGAAAACAACACCAGAAGAAAUUGCCAACCCUUGCAGUAGUAUUCCAUACUUCUGUUUACCUACAUUUGGAUUCAAGCAUAUUUUGCCAUUGACAAAUGAUGCUGAAAGAUUCAAUGAAAUUGUGAAGAAUCAGAAAAUUUCUGCUAAUAUUGACACACCCGAAGGUGGAUUUGAUGCAAUUAUGCAAGCUGCUGUGUGUAAGGAAAAAAUUGGCUGGCGGAAUGACUCCCUCCACCUCCUGGUCUUUGUGAGUGAUGCUGAUUCUCAUUUUGGAAUGGACAGCAAACUAGCAGGCAUCGUCAUUCCUAAUGACGGGCUCUGUCACUUGGACAGCAAGAAUGAAUACUCCAUGUCAACUGUCUUGGAAUAUCCAACAAUUGGACAACUCAUUGAUAAACUGGUACAAAACAACGUGUUAUUGAUCUUCGCUGUAACUCAAGAACAAGUUCAUUUAUAUGAGAAUUACGCAAAACUUAUUCCUGGAGCUACAGUAGGGCUACUUCAGAAGGACUCCGGAAACAUUCUCCAGCUGAUCAUCUCAGCUUAUGAAGAACUGCGGUCUGAGGUGGAACUGGAAGUAUUAGGAGACACUGAAGGACUCAACUUGUCAUUUACAGCCAUCUGUAACAACGGUACCCUCUUCCAACACCAAAAGAAAUGCUCUCACAUGAAAGUGGGAGACACAGCUUCCUUCAACGUGACUGUGAAUAUCCCAAACUGCGAGAGAAGAAGCAGGCACAUUAUCAUAAAGCCUGUGGGGCUGGGGGACACCCUGGAAUUACUUGUCAGCCCAGAAUGCAACUGUGACUGUCAGAAAGAAGUGGAAGUGAACAGCUCCAAAUGUCACCACGGGAACGGCUCUUUCCAGUGUGGGGUGUGUGCCUGCCACCCUGGCCACAUGGGGCCUCGCUGUGAGUGUGGCGAGGACAUGCUGAGCACAGAUUCCUGCAAGGAGGCCCCAGAUCAUCCCUCCUGCAGCGGAAGGGGUGACUGCUACUGUGGGCAGUGUAUCUGCCACUUGUCUCCCUAUGGAAACAUUUAUGGGCCUUAUUGCCAGUGCGACAAUUUCUCCUGCGUGAGACACAAAGGGCUGCUCUGCGGAGGUAACGGCGACUGUGACUGUGGUGAAUGUGUGUGCAGGAGCGGCUGGACUGGCGAGUACUGCAACUGCACCACCAGCACGGACUCCUGCGUCUCUGAAGAUGGAGUGCUCUGCAGCGGGCGCGGGGACUGUGUUUGUGGCAAGUGUGUUUGCACAAACCCUGGAGCCUCAGGACCAACUUGUGAACGAUGUCCUACCUGUGGUGACCCCUGUAACUCUAAACGGAGCUGCAUUGAGUGCCACCUGUCAGCAGCUGGCCAAGCCCGAGAAGAAUGUGUGGACAAGUGCAAACUAGCUGGUGCGACCAUCAGUGAAGAAGAAGAUUUCUCAAAGGAUGGUUCUGUUUCCUGCUCUCUGCAAGGAGAAAAUGAAUGUCUUAUUACAUUCCUAAUAACUACAGAUAAUGAGGGGAAAACCAUCAUUCACAGCAUCAGUGAAAAAGAUUGUCCGAAGCCUCCAAACAUUCCCAUGAUCAUGUUAGGGGUUUCCCUGGCUAUUCUUCUCAUCGGGGUUGUCCUACUGUGCAUCUGGAAGCUACUGGUGUCAUUUCAUGAUCGUAAAGAAGUUGCCAAAUUUGAAGCAGAACGAUCAAAAGCCAAGUGGCAAACGGGAACCAAUCCACUCUACAGAGGCUCCACAAGUACUUUUAAAAAUGUAACUUAUAAACACAGGGAAAAACAAAAGGUAGACCUUUCCACAGAUUGCUAGAACUACUUUAUGCAUGAAAAAAGUCUGUUUCACUGAUAUGAAAUGUUAAUGCACUAUUUAAUUUUUUUCUCUUUGUUGCUUCAAAAUGAGGUUGGUUUAAGAUAAUAAUAGGACAUUUGCAGAUAAGUCAUCCUCUACAUGAAGGUUACAGACUGUUGGCAGGUUCAAAAUAAUCAAGAAGAGAAAUAUCCUUAGCAAAGAGAUGACUUUGGGGAUCAUUUGAGGAAUACUAACUCUGUUGCAUUAAUGCUUCAAAAAAUCAUCAAAAUGAUUCAUGGGGGCCUGAUUUGCAUUUGAAAAAUGUUUGAAAUUAGAAUCUCAUUUGUUUCAGGAAUGCAGCUACCUGAGUUUUUUGUCUCGGCAAAGUCACAAAGCCCAUAUCCUCACAUUGUGUGUCUAUACUCGCCAAUUAAUUCUAAACUUGGAGGAAAUAUGCCCUCUCUUAAAGGAGAAUUUUUUUAUAUCUCUGAGAAAUGAGAUUCUGAGUUUACUUCAGCUAAAAGGUUGCAAUUCUUCUGAAGAUAUCUCAAAUAUAAGGUUGAAAGUUAAGUGUUAAUAAUUUUUGUGAAUUUAUACACACACCUAAACGUUAAGUACACAAAUAUUUUAUUUGUUUUACAAAUAAGGAAUAAGUAAUUUAUAAAUUAAGAAGUUACCUAUAAAAAUAAAAAGAUAACAACCCUAUCAUAUAGCUUAUUUUUAAAUUACCUGAAAAAUGAUAUUCUACACUGUUUCCUUUUUGACUCUGAGUUUUCAAACUGUUAAUUCUCCCAUAUUUCUCAAUCCAUUUCACUCAGUUGCACAGUCUUUUAAAUCCUGUAAUUGUCAUACCAAAGUUUCUUUUUUAAAAAAAAUUACUUUAAAUGCUUAGUUUAUUCAAAGAGUGAUCCAGUAAUAUAAAAGGAACAUGUGUUAAACACAAUAAAAUUUUAAAUGGCUCUAAAUCAAGCACAUCAAGAGUAUACAAGUCUUAAAGGCUUUUUAAUACAUACUCUUUUCCCAUCUAUGUAACCCAACUUGCACAUUUCAGCUGCAUGUGGUGAAUAUGCAUCAUAUAUUUACUUUAAGAGGUAAGAUUUUACUUGCAAAAUAUAUGUGCAAAUUAGGGAUCCAUCAGUUGAUGGAAGAGAUGGACUCUAGAAUAUUAUUUCUUGUGGUUAUUACUCCUUUACAAAGCACUUUCGUCUCACUUGAUCCUCAUAAGGAAACUAAGGCUCAGAAUGAGUAGAGCUGGGUUCAGAAUCUAGCUCCUCUAACUCCAAGCCAUCUCCUCUUUCCACUGCAGGAAACUGCCUCUUUUGUCAGUGAAAUAAUAGAAAGAUUGUGUUAGUUAAGCAAUAACUGUCAUUUGUUUGAAAAUGUUCGAGACUAAACAAAUAGCAUUUAAACUGCUGGCAUAUAGAUGAGAUAUUGUACUUUUGCGCAAUGUUUAUUACCUUUGAUUAAAUUGUAAUGUGAAGCUUUUACUAGGUGAAUAGUUCAUUAUGUAGUGGAGGCUUCGUGGUUGUCCAUUGAAUUGUCACAGCAAAAUCUAUAAGUUUCUUCAAUUCUACAAGAUAGAUCCAUAUACCUUUGAUCACUUGGAGACUCUUUUUUUGCUGGUUUCUAGAUAACUCAGGUAAAUCAAACCUUUACGGAGUACAGGGCUAGGUGAAAGAAUUACUGAAAAAUCACCUUGAAAAUCCGAAGGGCUGAUAUACCCUUUAUGUUCCUGACUGGUGUGCAGAACCUGGGGGAAAUCUACAGCAAUAUACAGGUUGCAAUGCUGAUAACACAACAGCAAUCCUCUCCUCUACGUGGACUUACUGUUGUAUUUUUUUAUUAUUAUUGGAAUGGGAUUUUAGAAAAUAGAAGUUACCUUUGUGUGUGUUUUAGGGAAGGUAGAGAAGAAUCUGCUCUUUCUCUGAAUACUGUUUUGACCCCAGGCAGGACCUUGGAAAGGCCAAAACAUUAACAGUAGUACUUCUGUUCACUGAAGAGUUAUGUUACAUGAAGAUGAAAUGGUUUUGUCGUGUUUAUUAUUGUAUUUUGUGUUGAUGUAAAUAAACAUGGUAAUUUAAACAAUGAA